UCGGACAGUCCGACUCUACCACGCUGACUUUUAUCGAUAUGUUUCCCCAUCUCUAUUUAUAGCUACUGUCAACCUAAAAUUUCAAAAACGUCAGUGCCAAGGACAAAAACGCGGGAUUUUGUAUUUUCAGUUUUUGCUGUUUAUGGCAACCUAUAAUAUUUAAAUUUUAUUUGUUUACCGGUGUAAUCAAAAGAUAAUACGAGUAUUUGUUUUAUCUAUGUUGUUUCAUCUUUUGUUAGUGCCUCAAGUCAAAGAAAAAUGUCUCGGGAUAUCAGAUCAUUUUUUGCUCAAAUGUCAAAGAAAUCAGGAGAAAAUGCAUCUUCUAAACAGAAAACAGCGAAAACUGCAGUUGUUAUAGACUCAGAUGAUGAUGAUAUAGUAAAAUCCACUCCUGACACUAAGAUAUCGAAGAGCAAGGCAACUGUAACCAGAAAGAAAGUACAUGUUAUCAGUUCUGAUUCUGAAGAAGAAGGAGAAAAGAAAAAUGUCUCAAAAAAUAAGAAAACAGAUGAAGAGCUAAAACCAGUUAGCAUAGAUGAUAUUUUUGGUGACAAACCUAUAAAGCAGAGUAAAGUAGAAUAUGUACCCAAACCCAAGAAAGAUGAUGAUACCCCAACAAAGAGCACAGAAAAGCAAAAGAAGAAAAGCAAGAAAAAACCAAAGACAGAGCUUGGUGUCCACAGUGAUCCAGAUUUUGAGAAAACGCUGUUGGAUUUGGAUGAUGACUUGCUCAUGGAAAAUGUAGAUGUACUUGAUAGAACCAUUGAGGAAGCUCUGCAUGAAAGUCACUUGAAGGACUCUAAAAAGGCAGAAAACAACCAGUCAGAUCCCAAAGAUAAAUCUCCGAAAAGAAAGAAAAAGAACAGCAAGUCUGAAGAUAAAAAUGUAGUUGAUUUAACUGAUAGCUCUGAACCAAAACAGUCUAGCUCUAAAGAAAACUCACCUCACAAAAAGGGAGAAAAGAAAAGGAGUGGAGAAUCAUCAAAGGGACCAACACCAAAAAAGCCGAAAUUAGAACAUUCUGAUUCAGGAAUUGAUCCAGAUCAAGAAGCUUUUGAAAAGAAGAGAUAUUCGCAUAUGCUCUAUCAAAAGUAUCUUCAAAGGGGUGGUCCCAAACAUCAUGGUCAGAAAGAAAUUCCAAAGGGCAAGCCAGGUUGCCUCAAAAAUUUAACAUUUCUGCGUACUGGGGUGUUGGAUUCUUUAGAAUCGAAUGAAUUUGAAGAUUUAGUUAAAGAACAUGGUGGAAGAGUUGUGCAUGCAGUAUCAAAGAAAGUUAAUUACUUGGUAGUAGGGGAAGAUCCUGGACCCUCUAAGUUGAGUAAAGCUGAAGAUUAUGGCAUUGCUCAGAUAAAUGAAGAUGAACUGUUGAACAUGAUAUUGGUGAAGUCCGGCAUGAAACCCAAAUUUCCCGAACACAAAUCCGAUGCUUCUGUAGAAUCUGGAAUUGAUGUAGAAGAUCAGCCUUUUAAAGGCAAAAAGAGGAAAUCAUCUACAGAUGAUGAGACGGAUAAAAAGAGGAGUGAGAAGGAAAGGAAGGCUGAAAAAUCACCAAGUAAGAACAAAGAAAGCAAAUCUGAAAAAUCGCAUAAAAGCAAAGGAGAUAAGGCCAAGAUAAACUUUAAAGCAUUAUCAGAAGAAUCUAAACCCAAGGAGGUAAAAUUAGAGAAAGAUGGGAAGGGUGACAGUACAAGCAAAAAGGAUAGUAGCACAGAUGCAAAACAUCAAAAAAUAGAUGAGCGUCCAAGAAAAUCUGAGAAUGAGAAAGUUAAAAAGGAAGAUGAUCUGGAGAAGGUUGAGGUUGUGCCUGACAAAAAAACUCCCAAACAAGAAUCUCUGAGAAAAGAGUCACCUACAGGUACUGUUCAAGAAAGGCGUACUGUUGAUUUGUCUUGGACAGAAAAGUACAAACCAACAGAUAUAACAGGUAUUAUAGGGCAGCAAGGUGAUCAGAGUAACAUGAGCAAAUUGAUGAAAUGGCUGAAGAAUUGGAAUGGAAAUCGUACUAAGGAUGUCAAGAGGCCGAGUCCAUGGGCUAAGAAUGAUGAUGGUGCUUAUUUCAAGGCAACUUUGCUCAGUGGGCCCCCAGGUGUUGGCAAGACUACAACAGCCACAUUGGUUUGCACGGCUUUAGGCUACGAUAUCGUCGAAUUCAAUGCUUCUGAUACAAGAAGUAAAAAACUGUUGCAUGAAGAAGUAUCCCAACUUUUGCAAAAUACUUCGAUCUCGUCAUUUGCAGCAGGAAAAAACACGACAAACAAAAAACGUGUCUUGCUAAUGGAUGAAGUCGAUGGUAUGGCGGGAAAUGAAGAUAGAGGCGGUAUUCAAGAACUCAUGAAUCUGAUCAAGACUAGCAAUUUUCCAAUAAUAUGCAUGUGUAACGAUAGGAAUCAUGCCAAAUUACGAUCGUUUGUGAACUACUGUUAUGAAUUGAAGUUUAGCAAACCAAAAGCUGAACAAAUCGCGGGUGCCAUGAUGUCAAUUUGUUUCAAGGAAGGUAUAAAAAUGUCCCGAAACGCACUCAUAGAAAUAAUAAUAGGUACAGGCUGUGAUAUUCGACAAACUUUGAACCAUUUGGCUAUGUGGUCCGUAGCAGACAAGAAUGUUUCUAUGGAGACUGCACAGAAAGAAGCACAGGGUUCAAAGAAAGAUACAGUAUUAGGUCCCUGGGAGGUUAUAAGAAAGGUGUUCACCAAAAAAGAACAAGAGUCGAUGAGUUUGGCAGAUAAGUCGAGAUUGUUUUUCUUUGAUUACAGCAUAGGGCCUCUUUUUGUUCAAGAAAAUUAUCUUAGCGUAGAACCCGAAUGUAAAGAUAAUGAAAAAUGUAAAAGGGCGGCUCAAGCCGCGGAUGCUAUAAGCAUAGGCGAUCUGAUUGACUCGAAAAUCAGAGGUACCAACAACUGGUCAUUGCUGGAAUCCCAAGCUAUUUUUUCGUCCGUCUUACCUGGACACUACAUGGCCGGCCAUUUCACAGACAGGAUAAACUUUCCCGGCUGGUUGGGUAAAAAUUCGUCCGCUAACAAGCAUAAGAGGAUAUUGAGCGAACUGUAUAUGCAUACUAGGAUGAGUUCCUCAGGCAACAGGCUGGCUAUGAACUUGGAUUAUUUAGUACCUCUACGCAAUGCUAUUAUAAACCCUUUGAAAAAAUACGGCGUUGACGGAGUACAACAAGCGAUUGAUAUCAUGAAAGCCUACAGUCUUUUAAGGGAGGAUCUCGAUAACUUGAUGGAACUGACACAGUGGAAAGGGACUGAGAAUCCAUUUAACAAAAUCGAUGCAAAGGUGAAGUCAGCAUUUACAAGAGCCUACAACAAGCAAGCAUCAGCUCUUCCGUUUGCGCCAGGCACCGCCGUUUCCAAGAAACGGGCCGCUGCGAUUGAUGCUGAGGGAAUUUUGAACGAAGAGGACCUGGCGGCAUUGGCAGAUGAAGACGAUAAUGAGGAUGAAGAUGCCACUGCCGAUGCUUUCAUCAAGGUAAAGGCAAAGGAUACUAAAUCCAAGACGCAGACAAACAAAGCUGGCACAAGCAAAGGAAAAGAACCUACUACAAGCAAAAAAAAGGGAAGAUCUGCAAAAAAAUAAUUGUCAGUUAUAUUUUUGUAUUGUUUUUUCAAUUGUAUGCUUUUUUGUUUACCGUUUAUGUUUAGUUUUAGCGCUUUUCGUAAUAUACAUACAUCACACUAUAA